AUGGCUUUAGCUUCAAAACCCACAGCUACUCUCCCGCGACCUUACCAUUUCAUCUCCCACCGCCUUCCCUCCAUCUUUUUGUCACCUCCAAGAAAACCCACCACCAAAAACUCACUCUUUUCUCCCUCAACAGUGAAAAGAAGGUUGCUUUGCAGCCCCUCUCAUGGUAAACAUGUCAGAGAAGAUUAUCUUGUGAAGAAGGCGUCGGCUGAGGAGGUCCAGGAACUGGUAAAAGGAGACAGAAAUGUACCCAUUAUUGUUGAUUUCUUUGCAACACGGUGCGGACCCUGUAUAUUGAUGGCUCAAGAACUUGAAAUGGCUCCUGGAGCCAGUGGAGAUGUCAACUUGCAGAAGAGGAGCACAUGGGGUCAAUAA